CCGGGAGACCAGCCGUACAGCACGUGACGGACACGGACCAAGACUACCCGAUCUCCCUCCCUCACCCCUGUGUGUGAUCCCAUCAUCAGGAGCAGCUGGAUACUGUAGGUGUUAGAGAUACGGUGAUGUCUGGGCUCCAGCCUGGAGGAACAGGGAAGCUUCUACCAUAUAGAUUCCACCUAUCCAGAUACUGUUAUACAGGGGAGCUUCCACCAUAUAGAUUCCACCUAUCCAGAUACUGUUAUACAGGGAAGCUUCUACCAUAUAGAUUCCACCUAUCCAGAUACUGUUAUACAGGGAAGCUUCCACCAUAUAGAUUCCACCUAUCCAGAUACUGUUAUACAGGGAAGCUUCUACCAUAUAGAUUCCACCUAUCCAGAUACUGUUAUACAGGGAAGCUUCUACCAUAUAGAUUCCACCUAUCCAGAUACUGUUAUACAGGGGAGCUUCUACCAUAUAGAUUCCACCUAUCCAGAUACUGUUAUACAGGGAAGCUUCCACCAUAUAGAUUCCACCUAUCCAGAUACUGUCGUACAGGGAAGCUUCCACCAUAUAGAUUCCACCUAUCCAGAUACUGUUAUACAGGGAGCUUCCACCAUAUAGAUUCCACCUAUCCAGAUACUGUUAUACAGGGAAGCUUCUACCAUAUAGAUUCCACCUAUCCAGAUACUGUUAUACAGCGAAGCUUCUACCAUAUAGAUUCCACCUAUCCAGAUACUGUUAUACAGGGAAGCUUCUACCAUAUAGAUUCCACCUAUCCAGAUACUGUUAUACAGGGAAGCUUCUACCAUAUAGAUUCCACCUAUCCAGAUACUGUUAUACAGGGAAGCUUCCACCAUAUAGAUUCCACCUAUCCAGAUACUGUUAUACAGGGAAGCUUCCACCAUAUAGAUUCCACCUAUCCAGAUACUGUUAUACAGGGGAGCUUCUACCAUAUAGAUUCCACCUAUCCAGAUACUGUUAUACAGGGGAGCUUCCACCAUAUAGAUUCCACCUAUCCAGAUACUGUUAUACAGGGAAGCUUCUACCAUAUAGAUUCCACCUAUCCAGAUACUGUUAUACAGGGAAGCUUCCACCAUAUAGAUUCCACCUAUCCAGAUACUGUUAUACAGGGAAGCUUCUACCAUAUAGAUUCCACCUAUCCAGAUACUGUUAUACAGGGAAGCUUCUACCAUAUAGAUUCCACCUAUCCAGAUACUGUUAUACAGGGGAGCUUCUACCAUAUAGAUUCCACCUAUCCAGAUACUGUUAUACAGGGAAGCUUCCACCAUAUAGAUUCCACCUAUCCAGAUACUGUCGUACAGGGAAGCUUCCACCAUAUAGAUUCCACCUAUCCAGAUACUGUUAUACAGGGAGCUUCCACCAUAUAGAUUCCACCUAUCCAGAUACUGUUAUACAGGGAAGCUUCUACCAUAUAGAUUCCACCUAUCCAGAUACUGUUAUACAGCGAAGCUUCUACCAUAUAGAUUCCACCUAUCCAGAUACUGUUAU